AUGCCUUCCCUCCCAAAAGUGGUGCCCACCAACACAUUGAUCUUGCUGCUACCCUCGCGGCUGUUCGACGCCGACCUCUUGCCGAUGUUCGAGACACACUUUCACUCGUAUGGGCGACUCGUCUCGUGGACAUCUUUACGCAUGCUCGGCCGUGUGCUGGUUGUCUAUGAAGACGUGCAGGGCGCUACCCUGGCGCGUCGCGAGAUGAACGGCUUCGUUUGGGAGGAUGACGACGACGAUCAAGCCGUUGUCGCUUGCAAUCACCCAGCUACGAGUCCUGCCAAGGUCAAGCAGCCCCCGUCCAUGGCCGCCGUUCUACACCCAGACACUUCCCGACCUCCCAGGUGCGUGUCUGUGCCCUUUGCGGUUGCGGUGUAUGCUCGUCGACCGGAUGAGAUCCGUCCCAGCGGGCUCGUGCUCCGGCUCGAGCCGCUGGCGCACCACUUUGGCCUCGCUUCGCACUGCUUCGCACGCCGCCCCAAAGAACGUCUUGUCGCGGACCGCUGACGCGCGGGUUCUCCUUCGCCCCCUCACUCUCACUCACACGCUCUCUUGCAUCGCCACCGCCCCUCGGCCACCGUGUCGUCCGCAAUGCCACACAAAGGCAGCAUGAACCGCUAAGGGUGUUCUUCGGCCCCACCCUUGCGCUGCCCUUGCCCUCGCUGCACUCGACCCUGCUUUCCGUACCCGCGCUAUCUCGAAAUUUUCUCAUCUCGCCUCCAGGCUCACCGCCGGUCGGAUGGGAGCAGACGCUGGAAGAAGCUCCCAAUCCUAACCCGCUACCUGAAGGAGGAGACAUCGAUCAUGGCUGGGCCUCGGAACUAGCUCGUGCUCUUCGGUAUAUCAGCGUCGACACCGAUCCUAGUCUCGAGCCUGACGCAGAUCGAGUCGGCCCCGACGACGACCUCACUGUUACCAAGCAAGGUGGUUCCGCUUCCGAUGCCUCGACCACCCAAGUUAUUGUACCUCCCCGGCUUCUCGAUGUCUGCCCCUCUAUCACCGUGUCAACUGCUGCCGAGAAUUCCAUCGAAAUGCCUGGCUCGCUCCCUGCACGCAACAUCUCUGCGGUCAAGGCGACCAUUGACAGCCUAUUGGAACGCAAACGCAGUUUCGAGUCUUUAUCCCGCACUCAGGCUGCUUCAUCACGACCAGAGUCUGUUAGCUCCUAUCAGCGUACCAUCUCACCCACGGCAAGGCCCCCACUGGUAAGCCAGGAGGAUUGA